AUGAGUGCAGAGGCUGGGAAGAAGCGUGGCCAUGCUCCCACUGCUGGAGACAAGAAGUCUAAAAGGAAGCCUAAGAGGAAGGAAACCUAUUCAGUCUACAUCUACAAAGUACUGAAGCAGGUGCACCCCGACACCGGCAUCUCCUCCAAGGCCAUGAGCAUCAUGAACUCCUUCGUCAACGACAUCUUCGAGCGGCUGGCGUCGGAGGCGUCCCGCCUGGCCCACUACAACCACCGCUCCACCAUCACCAGCCGCGAGGUGCAGACGGCCGUGCGGCUGCUGCUGCCGGGCGAGCUGGCCAAGCACGCCGUCUCCGAGGGCACCAAGGCCGUCACCAAGUACACCAGCAGCAAGUGA